GCAUCUGAGAGUUUAUUAAAUUUGUUUUAAGUUUCUAUGUAUAGAACAGGUAUAAAUUAAUGACGGAUUAAUUAAAUACAGGAAAAUGAAUUCAAAAAUUGAAUCAGGGGUGCAUCUAUUCUCCAGAAUAAAGCAAAAAAUGUACCUUGAAGGAAUAAACCCACUUUUAUUUCCUGAAGAUAGUUUGCAACAGAACUCAGUGAUAGAAAUUACUGGUUCCGAUGCCAAUGAAAAAUACAAAUUAUUGAUGGACUUUAUGAUAAGAUGCAUUCUCCCCCCAAGUUACAAUAAAGAAUUUAGGGAUUGUGGUGUUAUUUUUAUUAACGUAGAUCAUCAAAUCCAGUUGAUGGAUCUAAUCAAAAUAAUGAAUAUGCAUCUAAAAAAAUUAAAUAUUAAAAGUAAAAGUCAAAUAAUUGAGAAUGCCUUAAAAAACCUUACAAUUGUAAAUUGUUUUAAUUUGGAGGAGUUUCAGCUAGCAAUUCAAAAUAUAGAAAGGAUUGUUAAUAGUAAUGAAAAUCAAAGUCUUGUACUUAUUGACAAUAUUUCACCUUAUUAUUGGUCUCAAAGGUUUUUUGUUAAUAAUUUAAGUCUGUACUCUUGGUCUUUGAAGAAUUUUGAAAUGUUAUAUGAUGUUGUUAAAAGCUUAAAUAUUGCUGUUAUAUUUAUAAGAAAUGAAACUACAGAAAAUAAAAAGCAGCUAUGUAAGUUUGUAGACUUAAGAAUAAUUGUACAAAGAGAGGGGGAAUAUUGUAAAGCAUUAGUUCUUAAUUAUGUUAAACAAAGUGAAAUCUGUGUGAGUUAUAAGUCAGAAAAUAUACUCAUUUUCUAAAA